UGUAACAAUGUAUUUGGUGUAUUUCUUAAUGUAUCCACUUGGUAGCAGUAGCUAGCUUUAUGAACGGGAUUUGUCCGACCGCCAUAGAAAGCUGCGCUUCCGGCAGUAAGCUACCAAAGCUUCAUAACAUCACGUUGUCAGUAGGAUACAGACAGGUCAGCUAAUAUAUUUCCACUCACGUUUGAAGUCUGUACAUCGGUUGUAUGUGCCAUGUUUUUGACGCUGCACGGAGGACACUGAUCAUAGUUGAACAAAAGUCCAAUAGUUCUACCGGGUGGUUUCAGUAUGUUGUGCGGGGCUGUGGUUGUCAACAGUGGGCAGAGGGUGUUGCGGUACCUCAGUGUCGUGCGGUUUGUAACCCAGUUUGGUACACGUACUAACGUCACCUACAUACAAGGCCAGAGCCCCGAACCGCGCAUUCGGGAAUACUUCUACUACAUUGACCACCAAGGACAGCUGUUCCUUGAUGACACGAAAGUGAAAAACUUUGUCACGUGCUUCAAAGAUAAGCACUUCCUGGUGUUCUUCUUCACCCGUCUCCGUAGGAACGAGAGUGGGCGGUACCAGGACGACUUCCCCUUCCUGUCCCUGUGUGGCCGCGAGAGAAACUUCCUGCGAUGUGACGACCGUCCGCUGGUGUUCACCCACUUGAUGCCGGCCGCUGGGGGUAUAGUCAAUCAACCAAUCAGGACAGAGACCACUGGGGGUACGUUGACAGAUGUGGGGACAGGAGGAGCCCCAGAGCUACUGUCGUUCUGUUGGGGCGGUGACAAGCUGGCCGUCAAGUUCCGUCCAAAGUCUCUCUACAUGCAUCCUGGGACUGGGCGUGUCUACCACCCCUGCUCUGAGCGCCUGGGGGGCGUCGGCCUGGUGCGCUCCGCCCUCGCCAUAGAGCUCAGCCCCUUCUUCCUGUACCCACUUCAACAACGCCAAUCAGAACAGCCCACACACUUCUUGUGGGCAGGACAACAGCACACACUGACUAAUGAACUGGCAGGAUGUUUCCCCCCUGAAGAGGAGGGAGGGAUGGGCUGAUCAGAAUAACACUGCUGUAUUCAGUGGGCAGAAGAUGAAUACCCAAAAGUUGCCAAUUGAAAGGCAAUAUAUAGAGUGGACAUGAUGGUUAUGUUCCAAAUGGCACCCUAUUCCCUAUAUAGUGUACUACUUUUGACUAGAGUAGAUAGGGCGCUAUUCAAAAGUAGUGAACUUUGUAGGGUAUAGGGUGCCAUUUGGGAUGCAGACGAGUGGCUAUGUAUAUUUGUUACAUUACUAUCUGUGAUAUUCAGAACAGUGCACAUCAUUCAUCAAAACGGUAAUGAUAAUUUGGCCCAAACGGGUCAGGAGCAUACAAAUUCUAACAGUCAGAAAAUGCUAAUAAUCAGUUCCUCCUAUUGGACAAAUUCAAGUUGUACCCAUUAAUUUAGAAACAUUUUUCCCCUGUUUGCACUGUCUAGUGAAUGUAAUCUCGGGAGAAGUAACAUCUUGCAUAAUUGUGUCAGAUGCUCGAUCGAGUUCAUGGAGGCGACGUAUUAGAAAAUAUACCAACGAAGUCUCCACCCUUCUAAACGGAAACUCUCAGCCAGCGUUGGGCAAGUCUAUGGGCCAGUCUAUGGGCCAAAUGUCCCCCUCGCAUUCAGAAAUUCUAAAGAUGUGAAAUUGUGAGUUGUCCAAAUGAUCAGUGAAGAAAAAUCUGAAAAGAAUAAAAGUCUGUCGACAAAUGCUACAACUAUGUAUGGUACGUGUAUCUGUAUGGUACGUGUAUCUGUAUGGUACGUGUAUCUGUCCACGAGAAUGAAACCGGGGAGUUUUGGGUUACAAGGACCUCCUGAGAGAAAUACUAUGCAGUGUUGUGAAAUAUGCCUUUGCAGUGGCCACAGAAAUUCAACCAAUGACACUCGGGUUGUCUCAAAUGGCAACCUAUUCCCUAUAGUACACUACUCUUGACCAGGGCCCUCUUGUCAAAAGUAGUGCACUAUGUAGAGAGUAUUGUGCCAUUUGGGAUGCAACCUCAGCUGUUUAUCUACAAAUAGCUGAUGUGCCAGUAGGUUCUGUAGAUAGUGGACCAACAAUUGAUAAACUACUACUUUUGCUAUAAGGGUACUCAUGGGGCCUCUGCUUCGAGAAUAAAAACCUCUAGAGGGAACCCUUGCAUUUGUAUAAACUGGAUAAGGAUGAAACAUAUUUUUAUGAUUAAAAUGCAUCUGCACACAC